AUGCAUCCAUUUCGUCUGCUGCUGCAGGCUCCCCCCAUAGACAGGCUCCCCCCAGCCAAUCUGCUCUUCAGCAGCAGACGAAAUGGACAUGUUCACUAUACGCUCCUGACAGUGGAGUUUGCCGGCGAGGGCAGCGCCACCUGUAGCGGCGAAAGCACAACUCUGGAUGCAACGCCCACGUCCUGCCUGCCCCAGGUGCACCCUGCGCCCAAGAGACUGGAGCGGGGCAGCUUCAGGUCGGCCGACAAGUUCUCGUCCAGCGGCAGGCGUUCCAAGCGGCUGCAGUCCGUGGCGGGUCCAACGAGCGGACGCCUCAGGCGCAAUGACGCCUUCUCCAGCACGUCCAGGGAGAGCAUCGGCGCUGACAGAACUCGCAAGGGAAGUGUGCGCAGCCGCGACGGGCACAGCUCGCAGCAAAACCUCGAGCAACGUGCCGACGUCUUGGAAGUGGUGAUGAACAACCUGGUGGUCUUCUUUGUCCUGCUGUCGCUGGUGCUGGGCUUCGCAGUGGGGGCUGUUCUGAAUCCACUGCACCUCAGCGAGCUGCAGAGAAGCAUGAUGCGUCUUCCCGGCGAGCUGUUCGUGCGGGUGUUGCAGUGCCUGGUCAUCCCGCUGUUCAUCACGAGCGUGGUGAGCGCGGUGGGCGGCCAACCGACGGCGGAGGGAGCGCGUCUCGCCCUGCGCACGCUCGCCUACUUCUCGCUGAUCACGCUGUGGUCUGCGACCAGCGGCAUGGUCAUCACGCUGCUCCUGCGCCCUGGCGUCGGGGCGAGGAAGCUGCCGCCCCACCGGCUAUACAAUGCCACCAUGAGGGCCGACUCGCUGCUCGACAUAUUCAGGAACGUAAUUCCGGAGAACUUCGUGGAAGCAUUCGUCUUCAUGUUAUUGCCUCCGCCGCUGUGCUCUGCGAUGACCGACUUGGGCGGCGUCUUCGCUGUCGGCGUCGAGACUCCCCCCGCGGGCAGCUCGCACUUUCUCCUGCGGCUGGCACGCGUGCUCAGCUCCAAGUUCCAGCGCAUGACCGAGAAGACGUUGUGGCUCUCGCCAGUGGCCGUGAGCACGCUCAUCGCCGUAGACGCGUCGCGCGUCUCGGAUCUGUCGACGGUCAUGUGGCACCUGGGCCAAUACUCGUUCACCGUGCUGCUGGGACUCGGGGUUCACGCGUUCCUCUUCCUACCUGCACUCUACAUGACCAAGGUGCGUCGCGACGCGGGUCGCUUCUUCCUGCACCUGCUGCAUCCGCUGGCCAUCGCAUUCGGUUCCCGCUCGAGCAUGGUGGGCAGCCCAGCCGCCAUGGCGAUCCUGGAAAAGAAGGUCGGCCUGCACCCGGACUCGGUGCGUCUGAUUGUGCCCAUAAGCGCGGUGAUCAACCACGACGGCACUGCCCUGUACACCAUGGUGUCCGUGCUGUUCGCGGCGCAGCUGCAGGGCGAGAGCCUCGGCGUCAGCUCGCUGGUCGUGCUCCUCGCCUCGUGCUGCGUCGCCACCAUGGGCGAGUACGGGCUGAUGCCCACCUACCGCGGCCCGGCGCGCACUGCCCUGCUCCUGACGGUGGUGGGCUUGUCACCCGACGACAUGGGCUACAUGGUCGUCGUGCACUGGCUGCUGCAGCGAGCAGCGAGCACGGUGAAUCUGCUGAGCGACUGUGUGGGCGCCGCCAUCCUGCAACAGGACAUGCUGCAGGCCCGUGCGGGGUCGAGCCGCUCGUUCAGCGCUCGGCACGGGCUAGGUUCCAUCGUGAGCCUGCCCACCAAGGACAACCCGUCGUCGGGCCUGCCAGGCCCGCAACCCACGCGCCUGCUCGACCACGGGUCCCCCAAGCCACAAAUGAAGCUCGACCACUGA